GAUGUAAACAUUGAUGAUCUAACGCACUGAUAACGAUAACGAGCAAGGAACUGUGCGGUACAAUCAGUUUUCGUUUCCCCGUGACCUCUUGACCGUGAUUGUGUGCGAGUGGACGCCUGUGAUCAGGAGACCCGGUGAAACUCAACAAAAAAAAAUUAACUAACCACGGUUUUAUUCACGAGACAAGAGUAAAGGAUUGCAAAGGAAAUAAACGAUUCCUUUAACGUAUUCGUGACUACAAUCGGACAGAGGUCAGACUAAUGUGCGACGAACAGACGCCCGAGUCAUCUCCAGCAACCACACCAUCCUCAGGACGCCCCUUCAUGCCACUCCCGUUGGAUCUUAAUGCGGAUCGGAAGAAACCAGCGAAACGGCUUACCUUCCUAGGCCAGAAUGUGACAACUUCCGUGAGCGAUCGGACGAGGGAACGGAUUCGAAUGCAGGCUGCCGCCGGCAAGUUACAGAUUGCCCCGAACCAAACGUACGAUUUCACUUCGGACGAUCUGCUCGAUGAGGGUGAGAUCGGACGCGGUGCGUUUGGAGCAGUCAACCGGAUGAACUUUACGCACACCGGCACGGUGAUGGCGGUCAAGCGCAUCCGAUCGACGGUCGACGAAAAGGAACAAAAGCAGCUGCUGAUGGAUCUGGAUGUCGUGAUGAAAUCAAACGGUUGCAACACGAUCGUCACGUUCUACGGGGCACUCUUCAAGGAGGGUGACUGUUGGAUCUGCAUGGAGCUCAUGGACACGUCGCUGGACAAGUUUUACAAGUUUAUCUGUGAGUGUCAGCAAAAUCGUAUUCCGGAGCCCAUCCUAGCGCAGAUUACACUGGCGACGGUGCGGGCGCUAAAUUAUCUGAAGGAAAAGCUAAACAUCAUCCAUCGGGACGUGAAGCCGAGCAAUAUACUGUUGAAGCGCAAUGGAGAUAUUAAGUUGUGCGAUUUUGGAAUUUCCGGUCAGCUGGUGGACUCGAUUGCACGAACAAAAGAUGCAGGCUGUCGGCCUUACAUGGCGCCGGAGCGCAUUGAUCCCCAGCGAGCCAAGGGGUACGACGUGCGGAGCGAUGUCUGGUCGCUGGGAAUUACGUUGAUGGAAGUAGCCACCGGGAAGUUUCCUUACCCGAAGUGGGGUUCUGUAUUCGAACAGCUGCAGCAGGUUGUCGAGGGGGACCCGCCGCGACUAUCUACCUCCUCUAAUGGAAUGGAGUUUUCGAUAGAUUUUGUAAAUUUUGUAAAUACUUGCUUAAUAAAAGACGAACGCGACCGUCCCAAGUACGGCAAGCUGCUGCAGCACGCGUUCAUUCAGUCCGCGGAAAAAAGUGACACCAAUGUGGCGGCGUACGUGAGCGAAGUGCUAGAAUCGAUGGCCAACAAUGGAAUAACGCAGUUCACUACCAACCUUCCGGCGGAAGGGUGGAACGAAAGUUUCAACUGAACGAUCGACCAGCCUGAGGUCACUGAUCCUACUGAUCCACAAACCGUCCACCAACCGUCCUCCUUCGGCCGGCGGUGGAUGAUCGCCGGUGGUCUUCGGUACGGUUGUAGAUGAGAGCGAGCAGAUGAAUGAUCGGCUUGCAGCGAGCAGAAAAUAGGUUCCUUCCAUUCCUCCAUGAAAUUUAUUUCAACGCAAAACUGGCCUCUUUGUGUCAGUUCUCUUUUUCCUCAAUUGAGAAUUUCCUUAACCGCACCGUGCUUCUCGUCUAUCGCCGUAGCAAUUUGAACUUCUUCUCCAUUUGAAACUAGUAACUGUGUUGGUAAUUGUUGGGGAUUGAUAUUGAUGCGUUUUUAUUCCGAACGUCUCGAAAUAUUUUAGAUAUUUUCUUCGUUUGUUCUACGUAGAGCCGUGUCUUCUGGCUCACAACCAUAUGUGAAAUAUUGGACCUUACGGUGGUCUCUGGCUCCGUAGUGUUACUUGUAGAACCUUAUCCUUUUCUCUAUACAGUAGGUGAGGGUAGUGAACCAAAACAUGGUUCCAUGUAAGAGAUAUGUAUUGUGGAUAUGUGGCAGGUCAUGCAAUGCAUAUUCCUUUUUAUUCGUCUAUAGGACAAGAAACGAGCCGAACACCAGUUCCCUGCCACUGUAUCGACGACAAUAAACAAUUCCUACAUUGAAAGUAACCUCCGUUCCAC